AUGAUUCCUUCUGUCCUCAAGCAAAUGGAAGCUACCUACACGCUUUCCAUGCUCACCCACUUCACCAUUAUUACUACAAAACCUCAAACUAUCAUGCGUUCUUCCAUCAACCUCUCCUCUAAAAGCCUUUUAGGUUUCUUCACUUUCUUGUCUCUUCAAUAUCAUGCCCAUGGUGCAGUCUCAAUAUUGAUGAUGGCCUCGCCACUGUUACCGGCUGUGGACAUUAACUCCCAAACCAUAACGGCUGCCCCCACGUUUGCUCCCACACUUGAUGUGAGAGACGAUGUCAAAGAGGAACAAACCGUGGCGUGGUUUUCUAUGCCUGGUGUCGAUAAUUAUAAUGAUAUUCCUAUCCCGGCGACGUUGUAUCGCACUAAAUUUCCAGACAAUAACAUCAUCGUCUGCGACACCUACAUCGAAACCAACUUCUACAACAUUGUCAACCUCGACAAGUGUCAUAGGAAGCCAAGCAGCUAUUACACCGAUUUCAAUCAACAGCCGGACUGCGACCUCAAGAACAACAUUUGGAUUCGGGCUUGGGUCAACGACUGCUGCGCCGUCAACAACCGCAUCUGGAACUUCAGCAGCCUCGCGAACAAUCCGCCCCAUGUUGAGCCUCGGUGGCAUCUGCUCGAUCAGUGUGAUUUUGAUGGUGGCUUUUCUGGGCUGAUGGGUGAUGUUUGA